AAAAGUAGCUCCGGUUGGAGCGCUCCGAUUUUCGGGGAAAGCAUUGAAACCUACCCUAGAGGUACAUUAUAACGUUGACGAGAGCUUCAGUUUUUUUUCUUUCUUCUCUUCCAAUUGAUCCAUGGCCGCUAUAUUCUGUAAUUUGUCAGCGUCGAGAACAAUUGCAUUCUCUCUUCAUCUGGUCUCUGCCCAAACACGCUGCAAACCAAGACACCUUUCCCCAAAGCACCUGCAGUACAAAUCCAUCUCGACCGCUACCCCUCUUCCUCAUCGCAGAGCAAGCGCCCAGGCUACGCCACCGCCACCGCUAGCAAAAGCACAAAGCAGAACCAUGGCAACGAUGCGCGCGGUAGCAUUCGACAAGACGGGCGACUCGUCGGUCCUGUCGCUGCGCGAGGACAUGCCCAAGCCGACGGCCAGCGCGUCUCAGAUCCUGGUCAAGGUGGAGUGGCACGGCAUCAACUUUAUCGACACGUACAUGCGGACGGGGCUGUACCAGUUCGCGACGCCGCCUCCGCACGUGUCGGGGACCGAGGGCGGCGGCAUCGUGGAGGCGGUGGGCGCCGAGGUGCCGGCCGACUACGGCCUCGAGGUGGGCGACCGCGUGGCGUUUAUGAAGUCGCCGUCGGCGGCCGAGUACGCGGCCGUGAACCCAAACCUCUGCUUCAAGCUGCCCGAGGGCGUGUCGACCAAGGACGGCGCCGCGUUCCUCCUGCAGGGCCUGACGGCCUGGACGCUGGUGCGCGACGCGCACGAGGUCAAGCCCGGCGAGGUGGUGCUGGUGCAGGCCGCGGCGGGCGGCACGGGCGGCCUCGUGGUGCAGAUGUGCAAGCACCUGGGUGCGACCGUCAUCGGCACCGUGUCGACCGACGCCAAGGCCAAGCUGGCCAGGGAGCACGGCUGCGACCACGUCGUCGUCUACACGCGCGACGACGUGCUCAAGGCCGUCAACGAGAUCACGCACGACCUGGGCUGCCACGCCGUCUUCAGCGGCGUCGGCAAGGCCACCUUUGAGCAGGACCUGGCCGCCACCAGGAGGAAGGGCUCCUUCAUCACCUUUGGCAACGCCUCGGGCGCCGUCGAGCCCUUCAGCCUGUUCAAGCUGACCGCCCGGAACGUCAGGCUGAUGCGCCCCACGCUCUUCAACUUUGUGGCCACGAGGGAGGAGUGGGACGCCCGCUGCAGGGAGCUGUUUGACCUCUUGGCCAAGGGUGUCGUCAAGACGCACAUCGGUGGCGUCUACGACCUGAGCGAGGUGGCCAAGGCGCAGGACGAUUUGACUGGGCAAAAGACGGUCGGAAAGCUCCUGGUCAAGGUUGCCAAGGAUUGAUCGUUUUGUCAUGUUGCGACUUGGCCGUCUAUUAAUCCAGUCCGUCUAGGGUCUCUUGUGCUUUUCUAUUAAGCUAUCUGUAGUAUACUUCUAGUCAAAUAGGAUUUGCUUGAACUUGUCCACCCCCCGGCAGGCGUGAGUGAGUCUACAUCGAGAGCUGGUCC